UAUAAAUACCACGCUGUGCUCAUCGACAGAAGGGUGCGUUUCAUGUACCAUGCCGCCCAAGAAGAAGGUCGUGCGCGUCGCCUUGUGCCUCAAGGGCUGUGGCGAUGUUGGGAUCGCCGAGCUUGGUGAUGUGUGCAUGGACUGCCAUACACAGGCAGCCAUCCUGCGAGAUCAACGAGCCCCCGAGCCAAUUCCAAGUACCUUACAGGUGGAUUCGGUGCCCAUAUCGCCGUCAGCCAAGCAACUGUGGCAGGCCUUUCAGACGCUGCCUCGCGAGGCCGACGCACCAAGAAGCGUUCAAGGCGAGAUCGACCAGUUCACGACCGACGCAGCGGCCAUCCACGCCCGUCAAUUACAGCUGCAGCAGUAUAUGGCCGCAUCGAGCGCCGGCGAUGAAGUCGACAAGGCCGUUUGGCGCCAAGCACAAGGCAUCGAACCAUCGACUUGAAUCACGCAACUUGAGAUAGCCGUGAACUUCGGGGGCCUUCAUUAUGCAGGCAUGAUACCGGUA